AUGGGACAAGCAUCUGUUAUUCACUGGUUCACGCAUGCUGGACCAAAUUUCCCUCAGGGCGCAACCUGGGAAUAUGCUUGCAACGUACUAAAGACGUAUUUCCACAACAUCACAUCUUUGUCUGCCAUCAGUUCUUUCGUAUCAUCUAGCCUGAAGGAUCCUUCGCAGCUCUUCACACUCUACAAGGAUACCGAUCCUCUCGAGUCCUCCCUCUACUUUUCAAGUGUAUUGAUUACAGUGCAUUAUAUCAUGUCUGAAAUUACCAAAAAUUACAGUCAAGUCGACAGAGCGUGGUCUAUUCUGCCUGGCCUUUAUGCUUGGCACUAUACUAUCCAUGACUAUCUCUUGAAUGGGAGCUUUCAUCCCAGACUCUUGGUUGGCACUAUCCUAAUCUCCAUCUGGGGAGCUCGUCUCACAUACAACUUUGCCAGAAAGGGCGGCUAUUACUUUACUGGUCAUGAUUACCGUUUCCCUUACUUGCGUGAACAACUUGGCCCUGUUGGUAUGGCACUGUUGAACCUUGUGUUCAUUGCCCCUUUUCAAAACCUUCUUCUCUUGUUUAUGGUUGCACCUCUUUAUAUCACACAUACUUUAUUUUCGAAUGCGUCAACACAUACUACCACAGGGUUGUCCACUUUGGAUUGGAUCACGGUGACACUCCAUUUAGCUUUCUUGUUUAUUGAGGUGGUCGCUGAUGAACAGCAAUAUGUUUUCCAAACCGAGAAAUACGCACUGCUGAGCCACUUGAACAAGGAUCAGCUUAAAGGCGACUACAAGUUGGGCUUCUUGUGGCAUUCUGGAUUGUUUCAAUAUAGUCGUCAUCCUAAUUUCUUUGCUGAACAAGCAAUGUGGUGGGUCAUCUAUCUGUUUUCGGUUGCUGCCGUACAAGAAGCAUCAGGCACAACUGACCUGAGAACAUACCUUAACUGGACAAUCGCUGCUCCUAUUGUUUUGACUGCCUUGUUUCAAGGUAGCACAGCACUCACAGAGAGAAUUUCCAGCGAGAAGUAUCCUGCUUAUACAGAGUACCGCAAAUCUGUCAACAAAUUCUUGCCCUGGGCUCCCAAGAAUGCCUCGCGUAAUAGUACUGCCAAGAAGGAGCUGUAA